AUGCUCUGUCUACGCUGCAGGGCCCUGCCCUCCACCCGGACCACCAUGUCCAUGCGAACCCCGAUGAACCGACCCUUCUCCUCAACCCUCCUCUCCACGCCAACCCGCCACCAACCAACUCAGCCCCUCUUCUCGUCCCGGCUCAUCCCGUCUUCUGUAUCAUCGUUCGUCUCUUCUUCUUCUUCUUCUUCUGUCUCUUCCUGGGGUACAUCACUCCUGUCGUCGCAGCAGCAGCAGCCCCAGCAGACCCGCGCGUUCUCGGCUAGUGCCGCCCUCGCCGGCCGUCGCGUGACCUUCCGGCCGUCGCGUCGGGUACAGAAGCGGCGCCAUGGGUACCUGGCGCGAGCCAAGGCACGGACUGGGCGGAAGAUUAUUUCGCGGCGGAGAUCGAAUGGGAGGAAGGAGAUGAGCUGGUGA